CUCCCAAGCAUGGACCUCACAUCCUUGCAGCACCUUUACAGCCAGGAAUGGUGUGGAAGAGGGUGGUGAGCCCCCGGGGAUGUGAUGAGAUGAAUUUUCCGCACCAGCCGUUUCUCACUGUGUUAUUUCCUCCCCUUGUGAGGUGACGUGCUGGGAUCCCUUUCAGUGGGGUUUGUUAUUAACUAAACAUUAAGGGUUUUUUCUCCUUUUUGGCCUUGAUUUUGUGACUAGGCAAGAGUGUGUUUUAUCGAAAAAAUGUGGUCAGUCCUAUCACUUUCUCAGGAGAUGCUCAGAUACCUGAAGUUAAGCAGUGGGGACAGCAGGUGGGAGCUUUCCAAGCCAGACAAAGGAGAUCUGACAAGGAACUGUGGUGAAGGGACAAGCCCAAGGCAAGGAAGUGUCCGGUCACCUCCUCUCCUGGAGCAGGCAGCUGAGACCUGGAGAGACAGGAGACAUCUUGCAAGACUCAACACCUGGAGCAGUGCUAACCAGGUUGUGCUGCCCCAGGUAAAGCACCACUUGUGAGCUCCCAGCCAUGGGAGAGCCCAAAUGCCUGCGGUGACAUUCCCAUACUGCUCCCUCUGCUCCAGGUGGGCAGCCCUGAUGUCGGCCAAGCUCUACGUGCUCAUCAGCUGGCCCGACGGCAGCCGGGUCAUCAACAUCGAGAACAUCAAGGAGCCCUGCAAACCCUUCCACCUCUACACGGUGGGGGAGCAGGUCCUGGCCCGCUGCCCCGGCUUCAGUGGGCUGUACUGGGGUGUGGUGGAAGGCAUAAGUGAGCAUAAAGAUAUUUUGGAGAAGAAGCUGCUGGAAGACCGACACCUCCUGGAGAAGUUAAAAGAAGAACCGGCCGUCCACAGCAUGAUGGCAGUCCCACCAAAAAAAUCCAGGAAAACCUUCCCAAAAUGGACCCCGGGGAAUGCACCCAGGAAAUACCCCAGUGACAGGACCUAUCCCUCAAAGCCACUGCUGAGGGUGGCUGAGGCCAGCCUGCCUCAUGACGCUGGCAGCUCCUCCAUUCUCAGGGACAGGUGUGUCCUGGGAAGUGUGGCAGGAAGCUCCCACUCGCUGGCAGCUCCUCCCCACCCAGCCAGCGCCUUCACACCUCCAUCCACCUUCAUCACCAUGGCCAUGCCGGGGCCAGGGGCUUCCCAGAGUGAAGAGGACAGGGCUGGUCCAGCUGCCAGAGAUUACGUUGCCCUUCCAAUGAAGAGGAAGUCAGAUGGCAUCUUGUCCCCGUGCCAGCAGCACAUCUGUCUGAACAGCCGUGAAGAGCAAAAGAUUGAUGCUUUGCAAGAGACGGAUGGCUUCGAGAGGGUUCACAAAAAUUUCAGUUCUGGUGAGAUGGAAAGGGUGGAAAAGAUGGAGCAGCUGGAGAGGAUGGUGUUGGACCUCCAACAGGAUGUCCUCUCUCUGAAGAAGAAAGUGCAGAGGCUGGAAUCCCUGUCCUUCCAGGAGGAGCCCCACCGGCAGCCGUGCGAGGUGGUGGAGCUCUUCAACGGCUACACCAAGGAGCAGCUCAAAGAGACCAUCAGGUUUGACCAGAAAAUCAGCACAGCCUGCAAAACCCUGCUCUACAAACUCUUCACCUCUGACUACAUCCAGAGCCACUCCAUCACAGGGCGCAGGGGCAACACCUUCCGGGAGGCAAAGCCCAUGAUGGAUGAACGCUGCAUCAAAAUCAUCAGGGUGCUGCUGAAGCAGAAGUUUGGGGAUCACCUCAGUGACACCGUGAUCACGGAGAAGAUCCAGAACGUGCAGAAAGCCCUGAGGCAGAAGUUUAAGACAGAAUGUCUCUGAGGCAUGGGGGAUUUGGUGUUUCCUCCUGUCCCUCCUGUUUUCCCUGUGUGCCCCUGAGCAGCCUUCCCAGGAAAGAUGAGUUGAGCAGCUGCUGCUCAGUAGAUUUCCCCCAGGGAGUCAACCCCAGUGAAACAGCUCAAACCUUUCUCUGCCAAACCUCUGCCUGCAUUAAUCAAGCAGGAAUUUGGCCCAGCUUGGCUUGGUUUUUGCACUCUACAAGCUCCUUCCCAUCCAGUCUGUGUGCAAACCUCAUUGUGGGUGCAUGGAAUCACCUCCAUGACUCUUUGAUGAUGUGCUCAAAAGCUCCAGGGCUCUCUUUGAGUCUGAGAAUGGGUCAGUAAGGCAGUCCUGCUCCACACUGCAGAAAUGUUGGCUCUGGGAUAGGGAAUAGCUGCAGACAGACUGUGCCACCCAACACGGCUUCUCUCUGCCUGCCUCUGGUUGCCUCCUUCUGCCUGUGGGACAGUAUUUACUCUUUCCUCACAGUGAAUGUAUUUUAUUUCCUGCAGUAACAGAAAGGCAGACUCAUUAAAAUGACACCUUCAAACAUUCA